UUCACUUUUGAUCGAGAAUUUGGUAUGGAUAUAACAGAAUUAACGUCUUUGUGGGCUAUAUGGAAAUUUGAAUGAGAUCAGGAAUGCAUUGAGAAUGGAGUGAGGAAGUUCAACGUGAACACAGAAGUAAGAAAGGCUUACAUGGAAGCUCUUAGCUCCGGGAAGAAGACUGACCUUGUCGAUGUCAUGUCGGCAACAAAAGCAGCCAUGAAAGCUGUGAUCGUUGAUAAGAUCCGCCUCUUUGGCUCUUCCGGAAAAGCUUGAGUUGUUGAUGAACAACAAUGUCCGGUUUAGUACAGUUGUACAUCACACAUCCAAAGAAUAAAAAACAAAAACAAAAAAAAACAUUUUACAUCCCAUCCAAAAAAUAAUGAAUGCAUUUGUAUUUUGUAUGCAAUGCACUGUUGUUGGAAAUAAAUAAAACAUUUUUAGUACUAUCUAUUGUUCAGUGAAAUAUCUAGAAAAAUGAAUUAAAGAUAAGAAUUCGUUGUGAUCGGAUAAAACAAGUAAUUUAUUCGGGUGGAUAUGAAUGAUCCCUCCUUUACAUUACAUUAUGUAAUCCUCGCAAUCUUCGCCGUUUAUCUCCUCGUUCCCCGACUCAAAAAUAUUCCAAACUCUCACACACAUUCUCUCUUCAUUGGGAUAUUCAAAUUCUUCUUUCUUUUUUCGUGUUCUUUUUUUUUUAACUCCCAAGUACAUUUAUUACCUUUACGAGUUGUUUCGUUUCUAUCCACUGAUGUCUAGUUGUCUACUCCUUUGUAAUGGAGUUUGCUUCGUUUCUGAAGCUUUUGAGUCAAACCGAUGGUUUUGGAUGUGGGAUCUUCGUUUUUGGUUGCUUCUCUCACUUCUUCAAUCUCGUCUUCCUCUGUUUCUUGCUUCUUCUUGGACUCAAGUUUCUAUUUUUAAAUCGAAUUUCUCAAAAGUUCGAGUCUUGCAACUCCUUUGAACAUAAGGAUUGCAAAAACAAUGGGUUCGUUUCAGAUUCUAAGAUGGUUGAUGGAUUGGAUCGGAAGAAGCCCAUUAUUUUACACUGGAGUUCUGAUGUGUUGAGCUACGAGAACUGUGAUCGUCUUAUUCUACGUGAUGAUGAUCACAUCAAAAACAGAGACAGUACUGCGGCGUUAACGGAAACAGAGCUUGACGAGAAGAAUCAUCAGGAGAGCGAGGACGAAAAAGAGCUACGGUUUCGGAGCGAUGUAGAAGACCAGGUUUUCGACGUUAUUACUCUGAGAAAAAUGGUGAAGAGAGAGAGGAAACGUGGGGAUUGCAUGAAGAAAGAGCUGGAGAAGGAGAGAAGAGCAGCUGAAUCAGCUACGGAAGAAGCCAUGGCUAUGCUUCUGAAGCUACGGAUGGAGAAAAGCGUUGUGGAGAUGGAGGCAAUACAAUACAAGAGAGUUGCCGAGCAGAAGCAACUCUAUGAUCAAGAAGUGAUUCAAUCGUUACAGUGGAUGUUGAUGUAACUUUUGUAUUCUAUGCAUAUAUAAAUGAAACAAAAAUUAAAGUA